AGAAAACUUCAUUCAGCUCUGAACUGAAGCGGGACUCGAACUAGGGUUUCCUGCAACCUUUGCGUCUUCGCUUCCUUGCUGUUCCGACAGUUCAAUUUUCCCUCCAAAAUUGCUCUUCUGCUAUAUUAACUGUUGGAAGAGAAAACUGCCACAACCCAACAGCUACCCCAUCGGCUGCGAAUAUGUGCUCGCGGUUCCAGGCGGCGGCGCUCGUGGCCUCGCCGUCGUACCCCAACUCCAUAGCGUGGUCCGAGGAGAACCUGAUAGCUGUAGCCAGCGGUCACCUUGUCACCAUAUUGAACCCGGAGUUGCCUCUGGGACCGAGAGGGCUGAUAAAGAUUCCUGCUGGAAAGCCUUUUCCAAUUGGGGUUAUAGAAGCCGAAGAUAUGGCCUCUGGCUGCUUGUUGCCUAUUUGUUUAUCGCGGGAACGUGAAUGUGUCCAAUCAAUUUCAUGGUCUCCGCUAGGAAUGGCGCAUAACUCCGGGUGCCUGCUCGCUAUUUGCACUGUGGAAGGACGUAUUAAACUUUACCGUCAGCCAUUUUGUGAUUAUUCUGCUGAAUGGAUAGAGGUUGUAGAUGUUUCAGAGAAUCUGUUCAAUCAUCUUGCAAAAAUCAACUUUAAAAAGCCCGAGGUUCCUUCAGAAUUUAUUGAUUUUGCAGGGGAGCAUCAGAAUGUGGACAAUCCACUGAAUUUAGGUCCAAGAGGAGAGUCGAAGCGGAAGCGAAAGCGUUUGAAUGAAUCUGGCACAAUAGUUUGCUGCAACACCAAGGACCCAGGUUCAGGUGCAGAACAGUCAUCAUCCCGACGAGAUAGCAGUGAUGCUGAAACCCUGGAUCAAGGGUCACCAGAGGUUCUGCCUAUUGAAUUUUGGACAGAAGAUGAGCCGAGUCCGAAUCUUCCCAAAUAUCGAGCGAAAUCUCGGGGGAAGAAAGAUGGGAGUUCCACACUCCCAAUGAUAACUGCUGAUCAAUAUGCUUCUCGUAGUGCAAUGCUAUCAGCCCUCGUCGUUGCCUGGUCGCCUCUGUUGCAGUCAUAUUCUGAAAGUAGCUCGGGAACUGAAUCUAGUCCUUCCUGCUUUUCUGUGCUUGCCGUGGGAGGGAAGUCAGGUGGAAUCUCACUUUGGAGAAUUGACAUGCCUAAGUUCUACUCGAUUGAGCAUGCCAAUGUCCAUCCUUCUGUGAUGCUCAUCUGGUUGCUUCAGGCACACAAUUCGUGGGUUACUGCAUUAAGUUGGCUGCUGCUUACUGCUGAUUCUUCGACUCCCCAGGCUUUGCUGGCCAGUGGUAGUUCUGAUGGCAGUGUGAGGAUCUGGCUUGGGUCUGCUGAGAAUUUCUCGAAGCCAUCGGAAGCAAGUCACUGUCCCUUUAUCCUUUUGAAGGAGAUUAUCAGUGCUGAUACUAUCUCUGCCUCUGUAUCUGUUCUCUCACUUACUGUGCCUGCAAAUCCACAACACAAGAUGCUUAUAGCAGUGGGGAAAGGAUCUGGAUCUUUUGAAGUAUGGGUAGAUGACAAAUUAAGCGGCAGAUUCGAAAAGAUCUGUUCAUUAGAUGCGCAUGAUCAUGUUGUUACAGGUUUAGCUUGGGCCUAUGAGGGGAGUUCUUUGUACAGUUGCAGUCAGGAUAAUUUUGUCAGAAGAUGGAGAUUAAAUCAGAAUUCCAUAGCUGAGGUGCCUGUUGCUUCGAGUACUCCUGGCCAGAGAGGCUUUGGCGAUCUUCCAAAUGCAUUUUAUUCCUGCUAUGGUGUGGCAGUCUCCCCAGGAAAUCUUGUGCUUGCAAUGGUUCGAAGUUUCGAUAGUGAUCUUCUAAAUCCCAUGUAUCAAUCAAGGUCCCUUAAGGCUGCAGUAGAGUUCUUCUGGAUUGGUGGGCUAGAACACAAGAUUUCGUUGGAUCCAUCCCUAAAGUCUAAAAUCGAACCUGUCCCCAGUAUUCCAGAGAAUGAAAUAACCUGUUGGAAAUCCAACAUGUUUUGGUCUUUAAAACAAUAUGAAAGUCCCUCAAAGCCGCUCGUUGUAUGGGAUGUUGUAGCUGCCUUAUUGGCCUUCCAGCGCACAGCCCCGAAAUUUGUGGAACAGUUUCUAGUCGAGUGGCUCUCGACGGUGUACUUGGGAUCGCAUGUGAACCUAACUGCUGAAAGCAUUCUGUCUGAUGUGUCGAGAAGCCUCUCCAAAUUUACAUCUCGACAGUUGCACCUCCUUAAUGUGAUAUGUAAGCGCAUUGUAUUAUCGGAAGUGAAGCCCGAUCAGAUCAGUCACGGGGUACUAAAGGAAGCAAUGUUACAGGAAAGUGCAGAGGAUGUUGAAUCAUGGGUUGGCUUAGUUUCUGGAUGUGAAAGGGAGCUUAGGGAACGUCUUGUGGGUUAUAGCCUUUCUGCCUGUUCGAGUAUUAGGCCUUGUCCCGAGAAAAGCUCACAUCAAGGUGGGCAAUGGUGUCCCACGGGGUUGGGGCAGAUGGAGCAGUGGGUUUCCCAGAAUAAUGCUGCGCGGAAUAAUCAACUGAAGGGCCUUUUGACUGAAUUUGGGACUCAUAAGAAGAGGCUUCAGUCUGGUGAAUACCAAGUGGAGGAGAAAUGCAGCUAUUGCUCGGCUUCAGUCCCUUUCGAGUCUCCAGAAGUCGCCUUCUGUGAAGGUCUCCACGUCACCAGUGGAGAGAGACUGAGACAUAGACUCGUCAGAUGUGCCGUAUCCCUGCAAAUUUGCCCUCCUACGACUCCCUUAUGGUUCUGCAUUUGCUGUCACAGGAGAGCUUUUAAACUCGCACCCUCGCCUUUCUUUACUAUGGUUGGGCGUCCCGCAAGCUUUAAAUCUUUGCUCAAAUCUCAUCCUCGCAAAGUGCUAGCAAAACCCUUAUGCCCGUUUUGCGGGAUCCUUAUGCAGAGAUUCCAACCCGACUUCUUGCUCUCCCCGGCGCCAGUCUAGUCUAGUAACUUAACAGCCUUUGUUCAUGGUGUAAUCUAUGUAACGAUGUUGUAGCUUCUUACGAGAGUAAAAAUAUAGAAGGCAAUGGCACACCUGUAAUAAUAAUAAUAAUAAAAGGAAAAAAGAAAAAGUUUUCUUUUUCUUCUGGGAGCCACACAUUUUUAUUUUACAUUUGUUUUUUAUUGUAAUUUUUUUUUAAUAAAUUAGUGAAAUGGGCCUGAUGGCUUUUGAUAAGCUAACUGGUGA